AACGACAUGCUAGUUCCUGGAUUCCGAUGUCGGCCUAGAAAGCAGCUAAGUAGUUUGCUGGUGGCUAACUCAAGGAGGACUUCAACGACCCACACACGCCAUAGGAACGACAGCUCAAACCGUCGACAUUGGGGUAUCUCCAGCAGCUAAGCCACAGAGCCAGGGGAUGAAGGAGGACCUGGAACCAAAGAAAAAAAGAGGGCUGACAUGUAUCCAUCUACAUGAUACCCAAGUUGUGUGACUUUCUCUCUCUAAGGGAUGCAGAAUGAGAAAGGGCGGCAUUCUGCAGAGUAUUUGGAGAUGGGCGAGGUCCCUGCUACACCCAUCCCAAGCUGAGCACAGUGGCACCUUGCUGAGCUACGCUGGACUUCUUUAUGGAAUGAGUUGAUUCUGUCAAAGUAUCAGCAGAGCAACUGAAGAGUCCUCUCUGAAGACUGAAACGGGCUCUUGUUGGAUGUUUGGGGGGUUUUCUUUCUCAUACUUUGAAAAGCAAGGACAUUAAUUGUUUAACUCAUUUUAAACAACUUCAUUCUGGACUUUUGUUUGAUGUUGUGAAGCUUCCCACAACUGGCUUAAAGGAGGAUUUGUUUUAGUUGAUUCUCCCUCCUGCCGUUUCUUCCAUCCACCCAGUGCCUAAAUAAGCCCUCUUGGGAAGAAGUCAUCAGCAGCUGCUGUGCUGAAUCCCCUCGCCUGUUCUCCUCCAUGUGCUUCUGCUCUCUGCCUGAUUGACUACCUCUUUAAUUUUCUUUUCUUUUUAUACUCCUAUCCUCUGAUAAGGACAAUCAGAACUCAAGCACAGCAACGAACAUUUAUUUAAACACUGCUCCAGUUUGACUUUUUGCCCUUAUUUUCCAUAUAUGCACAGCAGUGUUUAUAUUGUUGCAUUAUUGCACCAGAUACAGUCACAUUAAGCCAUAAACAGUAAUAUUUAUGAAUUGCAUACAUAUAUUUUUGUAUUAUUUUGCUCUUGUAUAGAGAUUAAAAUUAUGCAUACAAAUUGAUUAUCUACAAGAAGCUCUGCACAUCCAAGUUCUGCGUAUUGCUGUUUUUAAAACAGUUUUAUAUUGGUGUCAUGAGACAUUUGAAGUCUGCACACAGAGAUUCCCUCAUGUUUCGACUCAGUCUCUGCUUUGCAUAGUGUUGGUUUUCCAGUCUGUAGCCAUGGGCGCUCUAUUUAAAUGCCUAAAUCAUCAUCUUGACCUGUAAAACCCCCUCUUUGCAGUUGAUAGAGAGUCGAUAUCUACCUCCCUCUCUUUUUCCUCCCCUCUCUCUCUCUGUCACUGAUGCCCAGUUUCAGUGGUGGGGUGGCUGGGGGAGGAGUAGGGGGCCCAGCUUCUGCUCCCCCACGUCCAUUUCGCCCCAGCCGAUAUGUGCCAGUGUCUGCAGCCAUAACUUUCUUGGUUGGGGCCACAACCCUCUUCUUCUGCUUCACAUGCCCAUGGUUGUCUGAGUACAUCUCCGGUGUCAUUCCCAUCUACAUCGCUGUAAUCUUCCUCUUCACACUUGCCAACUUUUGCAUGGCUACAUUCAUGGAUCCUGGAAUCUUCUCCAGAGCGGAGGAAGAUGAGGAUAAAGAGGACGAUUUCCGCGCUCCGCUCUAUAAGACUGUUGAGAUCAGAGGCAUCCAGGUGCGGAUGAAGUGGUGCUCAACCUGCCGCUUCUACCGUCCGCCGCGCUGCUCGCACUGCUCAGUCUGCGACAACUGUGUGGAGGAUUUUGACCACCACUGUCCCUGGGUGAACAACUGUAUUGGCCGAAGGAAUUAUCGGUAUUUCUUCCUCUUUUUACUGUCUUUAACCACCCACAUCAUGGACGUGUUUGGCUUCGGCUUGGUUUACGUCCUGCAUCAGCGCCAGCAGCUGGACACACCGCAUGCUGCUGUUACUAUGGGUGUGAUGUGCAUAGCUGGGCUGUUUUUUGUCCCAGUUGCUGGCCUGACUGGGUUCCAUAUAGUGCUGGUGGCCCGCGGUAGGACCACUAAUGAACAGGUGACAGGGAAGUUCAGAGGAGGCGUCAACCCUUUCACCAAGGGCUGCUUCAGGAAUAUUUCCCAUGUUCUCUGCAGCCCUCAGGCCCCGAGGUACAUGGGCCGCUGGUGGAACCGUCAGACAGUAGAAGUACAACCGCCGUUUCUUAGACCGACUCUUACUGAGGCUCAGCUAGAAGCUAAAGUUCUGGAUAACGGCAUCCAGAAUGACCGACACAGCACCAGGUCUAAGAGCAGUCUGGAUCAGAUGGAGAGCCAGUCAGCUGACACAGAGGCUCCACCUCCUCCGAAGCCGGAUCUUCGUUACGCUGGUCUGCCCCGUGCCGACACAGAAGCGAGCAGCUUGUUGUCUGAGGCUCCGCCUACGCCAUCGAUGUUUAAGUACCGACCAGCCUACAGCAGCCCAGGGAAAAACCACGCGGCUGUCACACACCCAAAUAAGAUGACCCGCGGGGAGAGUCUUGACUCUCCGUCGCACUCCAUCCUUCAGUCCAGUCGCCAGCCUAGCUACCGCUCGGAGCCAAGCAGCCUGGAUGGGGCCACAGUGGUGGGAAGAGGUGUAGGGGUGCGCAGAGGGGGAGGGGACAGGGGUGAGGGUCCUGGAGGCCCUGGCGGGAUCACUGGUGUGGUGCCAGGGGGCGUGUCAGGUUGCUCCCUGACUGGGCGCUCCUACACCUCCUACCCAUCCUCGCUGGUUCUGUCCACGGGGGGCUCACGCUCAUCCAGCCUGCGCUCGGCACAGACUGUACAUAACCCACUGGCCACGCUCCAAUCGGAGGGCACCACAGACACCAGCUACAAAAGCCUAGUCAAUCAGACGCCUCGGAAUGGCAGCCUGUCCUACGACAGUCUUCUGACGCCAUCCGAGAGCCCGGAGUUCGAGUCCGCUGCCCAUGAGCUGUCACCACAGAAGCCUCAUGUUCCGUACCCCUCGUCGGCUGGAACAGGCCGGUCUGGGGUGGUGUCACCCAGUAACCCGCUGCAGGGCUACACGUCGCCCUUCCUCUCAGCUCAGAUUGCUCAGCAGAGGGAGGGGCAGCUGCUCCAGGGCUCUACCACUUUCUCCUCCCCCCAUAGGGCCUACCUGCGUGCUAUCAGCCCACCCCCUUCCUCCUCCCUUGGGCCUCCCGAGGCCCAGCACCUGCUCCAUCAUAACCAGGACCUGACUUUCCGAAUCCCUCGCAUCUCUUCCUCCUCAUCCUCUUCCCCUGGGGCUCGCUCACUAGACCCCCCUGUCUCCCCGCCACCUCGCGGCCUCUCCCUCAACAGGUCCCCGAUUCACAUAGGGGAGACAGGGUCUCAGCACAAGCCUCGGCCUACAGGUGUAGGCAUUGUGCUGGGAGGGGGAGGAGUUGGAGGAGGGCAACAGGCUCCACAAACCACCUCUCGCCCAGUCUUGGCCAAUCACACCGCAUCCAAACCAGUGGGUGGGGUGAAGAAGGUAACCGGCGUUGGAGGGACCACAUACGAGAUAUCGGUUUGAGUGACGAUUUCCCGAGUGAUCUAUGACAAGGAGGGGGAGAAAAAAAACACAUCUUGCACUUGCCUCUUAACCUUAGCUGGAGAUUAUUCAUGACCGAAAGCCUCUGAGGAACGGCUCUUCUGCUGUGGACUCCAGGAGACGGCUUGUCUGGUACUCCUUUUAUCUUUGUAACGGCACUGGCCAAUCUUCUCGGCCUGCCUUUCAGUUUUGAACAAAGAGAAACUCGGGGCUGAUUCAUCUCUCACUGGAAAAGUUCCCUCCAUUUUUACCACUUUGUGAGCAACAGACUGACAUGACUGCGUCAUCACGGCUGGGUACAAAUACGUCUAGCAAACUCACACACCUAUUCCACAACCCAGUAUGUUGCUUUGGUACAAGUAUUGAGAAGAGUGUCCAACACUUAAGGAAAAGGCUAUUUUAAAUUUAAGAAGGUAGGGUUGACCAAAAGAAACAUCUGCACGGACCACACAGAUGGAUGAGUCCAACCUAUAAACAGUAUCAUUUAACUUUUGUAUUUUGUUUUAAAUAUCGUUUUAUAUAAAUGUAAAAAAAAAUCAGAUUAUUAUAGAGUGAAAAUGUCAGAUAUUGCAGAUAAUGGUGGCAGAUGUACUGUAUGUAAUUAAUCAUGAAAGCUAUUUCAGAUCAGUUGCCUGUUUUUUCUUUUUUAUUAUCUUUGAUGGCUGCAUCAGCCACUUGCAAGCUCUUGUUGGAGUUUUUUUUUUUUUUUGUCAUCCAAAGACAGAGAUGAUCAUUGCUGGACAGCAGGAGCAGCGAAGAAUAAUCAAAAUAAUUUUUUUAAGAACGCAAAAAGAAAUUUUAAUCCCCACAGUCGCAGCACAAGCAUCUUUGUGGAAUGUACGCUGUAACGUUUAUGCUAGAAGCAUUAUGCAAAAUCUGUUUGUAGCUUUAAGACCAUUUUAUGUCUACUUUAGUGUUUUUCUUCAUUUUAUUUUCCCAUAUUUUCUGUAAACUGUCAGUUUUAAACGCUAGCGAACAUAUACUUUUUAACGAAUGUUUAGCCAAAUAGAGAGCAGAAACGGAAGGGCUUAUUUAUUUCACCAGGAAAAAAGAUUCUGCACUAAUUAAAUCAGCAGAAGACGUCUGAAAACCUUUUGUUAAUAAAAGUUGAUGCAAGAUGCCACUAAAUGGAUCAAAGAGACACUUGUUGGCUUUUUUUGUUGAUUUUAUUUUAUUUUUUUGUCUUGAGACCUUUUAGAGUGAUUAGGCAUGGGCAGGUAGGAAAUUCUCACGGUUUAACAUAUACUACAGUUUCACAAUAUUACCACAAAAAUAUAUACUAUGAUUGGUUUUAUUUAAAACACAAGAGUAACAAUUAUUUUAACUGCUUUGAUUUUAUUACAUAAUUAAGCUCAGAAUUAUUCGUAGCCCUGGCAGAUUCAUAUUGAAAAUAGUUUUCAUUUAACCUGACAGCAAAUGAGACGGGCAUCCCUCAAUAACAUCAAAUAAUGUAAAAGAAGGAUCAAUUUGAAAACAAAUUGCAGUUUUUAUUUACAUAAUAAAUACGGUGUAUCAAAAAUUACUCUCACCCAUCUCAGUAAGGAAGUGAAAUAACUAUUUGCAUUUCAGCAAUCCUUACAGCAAACCUAUAAUUGCUGACCAGUGUUUUUGCUUGUGUUCAUGAGUAUUUUGUCGAUUCAUCUUUAGUGAAAAGCUCCACCUCUUUGAGGUUGGAAGGCCUCCUUCCCAGCACCCUCAUUUUUUAGCUCCCUCUACAGAUUCUCUUAUCAGAUUCAAGUUGGGACUCUUUAAAACAUUAAUAUUACUUCUUGUCAAAAGAAACAUGUCGGUUAAAUUAAUUUAGGAUUUAGAAGGUUGAAUUAAACGCCUGCUCAAUUUAGUAUUUGUUUUCUGCUAAAUGUGCAUUUUGUCCAGAACAUUGCAUGUUUUUAAGCCUUCAUUCUCUUUAUACAGUAACACUGGGAGUUCAGAAAGCUGAUAUUGGCUUAGUUAUUCAAGCUAUCUGCUCAGGUAGCUAACCUGCUGUCAGCUGCUUUAACAGUUUUGGAUUCCUUGAAAGCACAUACCACUUUGUGUUUAUGAACAGUUAAAUUUAUCUUUUCUGUAAGUCAGGGAAUAUUGUACAACCUUCUUUUAGCCAGCUGACCAGCAGUGCACAGCAACGGAUGGGGGAGGAUGGUGUUACUUAAAGCUUUAAACAGGCAGAGAAAACUGGUCACUACUUCUUUCUACUUUAAACUGUAGGAACAUAAUGGAAAGUGGAGCAUUUCUGAAGCUAUAACUGUUUAAUAGAUUGGUAUACCUUUCAUGUCAUAGACCAGCCCAUGCCUAAUGGUGACUCCAGUUUGCUUUUAAUUUUUGUAUCCUAUUGAGAAGUGGCUUAGAAUUCUUUGAUUGGCUCAUUUAUUUUGAAUUUUUGUUGUUUUCCCUCAGCUAUGUUGAGGAAAAAUGUUUGUUGCUCUGGGCUAGGCUUUGCAGAGUUUUUAAUUUAUUUUU